UUUUGCUUUGCUUUUUUGUCCUGUCAAUUCCUCAUGGGUUUAUUUUCUCUGUGUCUAAAAAAUAUAAACACUGCCUGGCUUGGUCAUUGUCUUUAGGUCUCAAUUUCAUUAUUGGACCUCUGUGUGUACCUAAUUAAACUUCCGUUUUUUUCUCCUGUUGAUCUGUCUCAUGCCAAUUUAAUUAUUAGUCGAGCUAUAAGAAUCUUGCAGGGUAGAGGAAAAUAUUCCCUUCCCAGCACUUCCUUCCUUUUUCAUUAAGCAAAACUGUUUUGAUGCAGGCGGCAGUGUAUUGAAUUACGUCCUGAUACAUCCCUUUGUCUCAUCAUGGGUGGUCAAUUUGGUUAGGGGUCAGUGGGAGUGAAGUGAAUUCAGAGUGUGGUUAAUAUCACUGAAGAUAAAAAUAACUGUACAGUAACUUGCCAUUAGCUUGAGAAUCAUGCAUAGUAUUUGUGGUAUUACUAGCACAUCUAUUUGUUCAUUCAUUCAUUCGUUGGCUGUGCAUCUAUUAGAUGUCUAGGACCAGGCUAAAUGUUGCUCAGUAAUAUUUUUGCAAUGAAGGAAUGGCACGGCUAUAUAACAAUUAUUAAGUGGCAUAAAUAUUCCUUCUCAAAUGAAUGCCAUAUUAUUUGUGUUCUGCAAAGAUGGGAAGGAACACUGAAUUGCAUUAAUGCUUAUUCUAUUACUAGGUGAGAAUUCUGAACUCUCUGGCUUAGAAAGGAUCUUAGCAAGACAUGAGUUUCCAAGGGAGGUUAAUUUGACCCCAAAACCAAGUAGUAUGCUCCUGGGGAAAAGAAAAGUCAUCAACAAUGCAAGUUAUGGGUGGAAGAAAUGCCACUUAUGGAAUAAAAACAUAAAAGAGCCUCCAAUGUCAACCAUAGUUGUCAGAUGGCUGGAAAAGAACAUGCAACCUGCUGAAGAUCUCCAGUGGGUAACCCAGAGGCUGUCAGUGUUUGGGCCUACUGAGUCACUCAGACUUUGCGGACGGCAGAGUGGAGUGGUGUUCAAAGACACGACUUCAGCUUGCAAUGCUGAGAAUGCUUUUCAAAGCAGGGGCCCAGGCACAAUGUUUCAGUGUUCCUGGCAACAACGAUUCAUGUCGAAAGACGUAAGACCCCUAUUAUCAAAAACCCAUGUAAAUUCUUAAAGCUUUUUAC